AAGUGUCUCCCGGCCUUGGAGUGCUCAAGUUCUCUUGGACUCUCUGCUUCGUUCUGGAAAUAUGUGGGCUUCAGCUCAGGCAGUGUCAAAACAGUCCUGCUACAGCUACUCCUUAGCCCAGGACCCGAGACAGAAGCGUCCUUGUGGCAGCAGCUGGCGUCAUUUCAGGAGGCAGUGACAUUUGAGGAUGUGACCAAAGAUUGGAAGUGUCAGGAGGCCUCUCAGAAGGAUUGCAGCAGGGGCACAAUGCUGGACAGUUGCAAGAAGCCAGUCCCUCAGCGAUCCUUCUUACAGUUCUCCAUGAUGCCACAGAGAGCUGGAAAUGAUCCCCCUGGUGUUUCAAAUCCAAGUGAAAUGGAAAAGGAGAUAAGUAACAUGAGAGAAAAGUUUCUCAUCAGCGUGACAAAGUUAGUGGAAAGCAAAAGUUACAACAGCAAGGUAUUUUCCAAAGAAAAGUACUUUCAAACAAUAAAGGAAGUGAAAGAGGCUAAGGAGAAGGGGAGGAAGUCAUCACGUGAUUAUCGCCGUGCAGCAAAAUAUGACGUGAUCUCUGUACAAGGCACAGAGAAACUCAUAGAGGCUGCUCAUGGAGAGCGAGAUCGAAUACGGUAUUAUGUACACAAGGAAGAGCUGUUUGAUAUUCUUCAUGACACACAUCUCAAUAUUGGCCAUGGCGGGCGGACACGCAUGCUCAAGGAGCUGCAAGGAAAAUAUGGGAAUGUCACCAAAGAAGUCAUUGUCUUAUAUCUGACUCUGUGUAAACAGUGCCACCAGAAGAACCCAGUAUCCAAGAGAGGCCUCGCACCCAAGCCCAUGCCAUUUAAGGACAUUGACUCCAUAUGCCAAGUUGAAAUCCUUGACAUGCAGUCAAAUGCUGAUGGUGAGUUCAAGUUUAUUUUAUAUUACCAGGACCACUUGACCAAGUUUAUUAUUUUACGGCCAUUAAAAGCCAAACAGGCCCAUGAGGUCGUCGCUGUCCUGUUGGAUAUUUUCACAAUUCUUGGAACACCCACGACGUUAGAAUCUGACAGUGGCUUGGAGUUCGCAAACCAGGUUGUCAAGGAGCUCAGUGAGGUAUGGCCAGACCUAAAGAUUGUCCCUGGUAAGUACCACCCUGGCCGAGGCCAGGGCUCCCUGGAGCGAGCAAGCCGUGAUGUCAGGAACAUGCUGAGUGCCUGGAUGCAGAGUAACCAUUCACAUCACUGGGCCGAAGGCCUGCGAUUCAUGCAGAUGGUGAGGAAUCAGGCCUUUGAUGUUUCCUUGCAGCAAAGUCCAUAUGAGGCGAUGUUUGGUUGUAAAGCCAAAUUUGGACUCUAUUCCUCACACUUACCCCGGGAAACCGUGGCUGUUUUACAGACAGAAGAAGAACUAGAAGUUGCUGAAGAACAACUAGAAAGCAGCCUUUGGAUCAGGCAGGAAGAAAGAGCUGAGGUCGGAGCAGACCCAUCCGACAUGGACGAGGACGUCAAUCCCACUCCUCCCAAAGCUGCAGGGCCCAGCACCUCCCAAGGGGCCCCAGGUCUCUUCUGCUGGUGAACAGACACCUGCCUCUGGGCACCGUGUAGCCACCUGAGAACUGUUGCCAAGGCCCCAGAUGAAAGGAAUGAAGGCCACACUCUCAGGAAAGCUGUCCAUGGCUAGCAGGGCCUUGGAGACCCAACUCGACUGACGUUGCCAGCCCUCCCCCCAUGCUGACUUCCUGGUUGCGGAGCAAACCAGGAACCACGUCAUCAACUCGUGUGGGUGAGAGGUGAAAUGAGGCACGACACUACUGCCUUUCCUGGGGGUGGCCACAAAUAACUUAGGCUUCCGGAGCUGCUGCAUCAGUCUUCCUCCUUUGCUCCUUAGGGUUAGCAGUGGAGAGAGCUGGAGUGGACACCUAGACCCAGUCCAGCCUUACUCUGCAUGAACACAUUUCAGCAUCUGGAUCAGAACUGACUGCUUUCAAUUUGCAAAUAUAUUUUGUCCACCUAAUGUUUUUUAAAUGUAAAAUAUUAAUUGCCAUCACUUUCAAAACAGAAGAUUUCAUAUAAAAAUCUGGAUGGGGCUUCCCUGGUGGCGCAGUGGUUGAGAGUCCGCCUGCUGAUGCAGGGGGCACAGGUUCGUGCCCCGGUCCGGGAAGAUCCCACAUGCCGCGGAGCGGCUGGGCCCAUGAGCCCCGGCCGCUGAGCCUGCUCGUCUGGAGCCUGUUCUCCGCAACGGGAGAGGCCACAACAGUGAGAGGCCCACGUACCACAAAAAAAAAAAAAAAAAAAAAAAAAAUCUGGAUGUCCAGCACCUCUUGAAAACUUGGAAGAUCUGGCCCCCCACAUUUUUGCAGGGCAGCAAGGACCAAGUGGUAACCCCCAGGAGGCAGGCCUGUGUUCUACACUUGGCCACCAUCUGGGCCAUUCCAGUAUUUUUGCAUAUGCAUUUCUGUGGCCUGUUGCUAAAGAAAGCAAAUGAAGUCAGAAUGUGACUAAAGGCCAGAAACAGACCCAUGCCUCUUAUUUAUGAUAAAAGGGGCAUUUCACAACUGGGAGGGGUUGUAUUAUUCAGUUAAUGGUGCUGGUCAGUUAUACCUCAAUUAAAAAAAAUAAUGGUGCUGGAUCAUAUAGCUAUCCAACUGGAAAAAAUGAAGUCUGUUCCCUAAAUAUAAAAAACAAAACUAAAAAAUAUUGGGGAAAAAGGAGAUUUGGGGGAUCUUGGAAUGGAGAAAGCCAUAAAAGAAAAGGUUACUAUACUUGGCUACAUAAAAAUUUUAAAUAGCUAUGAAAAAUAAUACCUUUAAAAAAGUGAGAAAAAGGUAAAUGACAGGCUGGAAGAAAAUAUUUGCAACAUCUAAAACAGACAUAAGGGACUGUCAACUGAAAAAAAAUGCAUAACCUAAAAUUUGAGAAUUAUGGUUUAUUCAGCAGACUUACUGAGGACUUAAGCCGGGGAUACAGCUUCUCAGAUAGCUCUGAGGGACUGGUCCAAAGAGGUAAGGGAGAAGCCAGGAUAUAUAGCAGUUUUUGCAAAAAAAACACAAAAAAAACCCAAAACAGGUAAUCGAACAUCAAAAGAUUACUGCUAAUUUUUUUUAAAAAAACAGACAUCUCAAGUUCAUGAAUUUAGCACUUUUCUAUGUAUGGGAAGAUGCAAGAGUCUGGGCUUAUUGAAAUUAUCCCUUUGAUAUGCAUCUUAACUAGGGACCAGUAUCCUGUUUUUCUGCAUCCUGAAUCUCCUCAGGGUACACAGUCGUGGGCGGCUGCAGGGGCUCAUGACUUGAUGGUCACAACAUCCUUUGUUUACUGAUAUUGCAGGGGACAUUCUUUGUCCACAGAACCUAAUUUUUAAAAGCACUUACAAAUUAAUGAGAAGAGCAGCCAAAAGGAAAGAGCAGAGGUUAACUGCAGAAGAAAAACAGGUAGCUGUGCCCUGGUGCAGCUGUGGUGGGAUGGAAGCGCACUGGACUUGUAAUCAGAUCAGGGCUGUCCAUUUAUAUGAAACAGAUUCAAGUUCUUUGAGGGUUUUUAUUUUUUCUGCCAUGUAUGGGGGAGAGGAGAAAAAUGUUUAGUGAUACUGUCUUGUUUUAACAGAUAUCUGACUGAUAAGGAACUACAGUAAUGGUUAUACUGUAUUCAGGACAGCAGUUUUCAUUUCCUGGGGCUGCCGUAACCAACUGAGUAGCACAGAAAUUUAUUGUGUCACAGUUCUGGAGGUCAUAAGUCUGAGACCAAGAUGUCAGCAGCGUUGGGUCCUUCUAAGUGCUGUGAGGAAGAAUCUGUUCCAGGCCCGUCUUUUAGCUUCUGGCGGCCUCAGGUGUUCUUGGCUUGUAGAUGACACUCUCCCUACGUCUUCACAUCAUCUUCCCUCUGUGCGUGUCUGUCUCUGUGUCCAAAUCUCCCCUUAGCGUAGUGGAUUAGGUCCCACCUUAAUGACCUCACUUUAACUUGAUCAUCUGCAGAGACCCCAUUUCCAAAUAAGGUCAUAUUCACAGGUACAGGGCAGGAGAUGGCAGUUAAGACUUCAGCAUCUUUGGGGUGACACAGUUCAACCCAUAUAGCAGGAGCCAAUCAGUAGGACAGGUUUUUUUUUUGCGGUACCCGGGCCUCUCACUGUUGUGGCCUCUCCCGUUGCGGAGCACAGGCUCCGGACGCGCAGGCUCAGCGGCCGUGGCUCACGGGCCCAGCCGCUCCGCGGCAUGUGGGAUCUUCGCGGACCGGGGCACGAACCCGCGUCCCCU